CCUACUCGUGGCGGUGGCGGUGGAAGGCGAGCCCACCAGGAUGGGCCGCCGCUGGUGUCUGGCGAGGAGCUGCGGCGCCGCCUCUACGCCUCGGGCGGGCUGUGGGGGACGCGCCUGCACGUGGCGAUCCGGUGCGGCGAGGGCCCGCCCAGGUUUCGCCUCGCGUACAUGGCGAUGCGCAACCGGCUGGAGGUGGCCCGGCUGGUCCUGGAGGAGGCCGCUUGCCCCUACGAGCUGGAGGUCAUUGGCUUCGAGAACUGGCGGGACUUCAAGCAGCGGAUGCCGCACGGCAAGGUGCCCGUCCUCUACGAUUUCGACGGGGCGGGGAACGCGCUGGCCGAGGAGACCGCCAUCACGCAGUUUCUGGCGAAGCAGGUCGGCCUGGCGGGCAGGUCGGACGCGGAGGAGGCUGCCGCGAAUUCGCUGUACCAGCUCUACUGGUGCACCUUCCGGAACAACGGCGUGACGCACGACGGCGACCUGUAUUCCGCACCCAAGCUCCGAGAGUUCAAGGGGCAGAGCUGGCCGCACUACAAGGAGAUGCACCGCGUCAACAACUUCACGGCCGCCGAGCGCAGCCUCGCUGCGCUGGGCAUGUUCGAGGAGCGGCUGGCCGAGUCGGGGACCGGCUUCCUGGUCGGCGACGCGCCCACCUACGUGGACCUCGCGCUCUUCAACGACCUCUUCGAGCUCGCGGAGGAGGACAACGUGCCCGACUUCGCCGCCCGCUUCGGCCUCCCCCGGCUCGGGGCCUUCCUGCGGGCCUUCGAGGCCCGCCCCAGGAUCCGGGCCUACCUCGAGUCGCCGGGCCGCGUCCCGCGCUACUCCCGGGCCAGCCACCACUGGGGGAGCUGUGGUCCCUACCCCCCCUGGGGGACCCAUCGCUUUCGACACC